AUGAAAAAGGUGGCAGUCGCUCUCGACUGGACGCCGAACACGAAUCACACAGGAUUCUACGUUAGCCGCGCGAAGGGAUGGUUCGAGGAAGAGGGCGUCGACAUCGAGCUCGUGUCUCCCUCCGUCGACGGCUACAAGCGGACUCCGGCCCAGCGCGUCGCGGCGGGAGAGGCGCUGUUGGCGAUCGCGCCCAAGGAGACGGUGCUGAGCUACGUCACGGCGCCCGAGGCGAAGCGGGAGUCGCACCCGCCGCUGGUGGCCGUGGCGACGAUCCUGCAGGAGAACACGAGCGCGAUCGUCACGCGGAAGGAGUCGGGCAUCGACCGCCCCGCCAAGCUCGACGGCAAGGUCUACGCGUCCUACGCCGCGCGGUACGAGGGGCGCAUCGUGCAGCAGCUCAUCAGGAACGACGGCGGCAGGGGCGAGUACACGGAGCAGCCGCACCCGAUGCUGGACAUCUGGGACAGGCUGGGCGACGGCUCGUUUGACGCCGCAUGGGUCUUCAUGGGGCACGAGGGGGUCGACGCGGAGAUGCGCGGCGUGGACCUGAACGUGUUCAUGCUGCAGGACUACGGGAUCCCGUACGGCGGCGGUCCCGUGGUGCUCGCGUCCGCCGCGAGCCUCGCGGACGGCGCCCAGAGGGAGCUGAUCCGCGCGUGCAUGAGGGCGGCCGCGCGAGGGUUCGAGUACGCCGCGGCGCACCCGGACAGCGCCGCGGAGAUCCUCGUGGCCGAGGCGGCCAAGGACGGGACAGAGCUGUCGCUGGAGAUGACGAAGCGCUCCCAGGCGUAUUUGAACAAGUUCUUGUUAGGGCCUGACGGCAAGUUCGGCACCAUGCAGCACGACCUGUUCUACUCCUUCGCGAAGUUCCUCUCGGACACAGGCAUGCUCACGACGCACAUCCAGGGGCGCGACACGAGCAAGGACGGCGUCACAUCCCUCGACGGCCUGCGCAGCGGCGACGUGGGCGAACCGAUCCCGCUGGACAGCGUGCCGUUCAAGGACCUGUCUGUCAACUGGCACGAACUGUGA